AUGUCGACGAUUCUGAGGAAAUUUAGGUCUAUCAUCGCUGCAGGUCCUCGAGCACUUCCAGUAAACGGUUGCAAAAUGGCUAUUAUAGUCCGAUCUGACAUUGCCAUGUCCAGAGGAAAAACUGCGUCUCAAUGCGCUCAUGCUGCAUUGGAGUGUUAUCGUGAAGCUCUGGCAAACCAAAACAAUGAAGCGAUGCUCACGAUGUGGGAAUUGACUGGCCAGCCCAAAAUUGUCCUCAGAGUAUCAAGCCAAACUGAACUUAUGGACUUGGCUCAAAAGGCAAAAACAGACGGUGUUAUUACAGCAAUCAUUAAAGAUGCUGGGAGAACGCAGCUGGCUCCGGGAACAGUGUCAGUUCUUGGGCUCGGGCCAGGUCCUAAAGAAGAUAUAGACCGAUUAACUUCUAGCUUGAAAUUACUAUGAUUAAAGUCUUAUUUUGUUUAAAUUUUGACCGACUCAUAGUUUACUUCUAACUCAAACCUAAAAAUUUGCCACUGCAUGUGUACAUGUAUACUGCGUUCGCACAGUACAAUAAACAUGUUAGUACUAUUGUUAUUA